AUUCCGAAAUAAAGAUGAAUUUAUAAACAAACGUUCGCUUCAGAAUAAUCUCAAAUGGAUGCUUUAAAGCGGCCUGUUUGAUCGAUUUCUGGAGAGUCAUUAGGAGAGGGAUUUAAUCUCCCCCAUUUCACAGAAUACUACCAUUUUAUUGUAAAUGAGAACACUAGACACGGAAGUUCACAUUUGCGUGCGCAGGCAGAUGGACCGUAACUUAUUGCCCUUACUGCCCUACCAGUUAGCGAUGUAUCACCAGCAUAGUCGCGUGUACACGGAAGCGCUUAUCAUGUUUUCAUAAGUAUUGCGUCACUGCAUCGUUGGCAAGACUGUGAACGCAAAUUGAAGCGGGCGUAUUGUUUAAGAAACAACGACUGGCAGCUCACGUAUUCGUGGCAUGUAUCUUAUCAAUGGAGAGGAUAAGAGUUUGUGCUGUAAGUUCAGUGGAAUAGGUGAAAACGCCGCCUCCGCUGUGCGCAGGCGCUAAAGAACAAUAUCGUAGGACUCACGAAGCAAAUAAACUGUGUUGUUGUUAAUGUUUACUGUAGCAUAAAAUGUGAAACAUGGAAGACAACUAUGAAGAAAUAUCCGACCGUGGUUGCCCCUACGCGUGUUGCCGCAGAGGUAAGUGGAAGAAAGAUGAACUUGUACGAAAACGUCAGGAUUGCAGUCCUGGAUUUUGUCUCAGUUAUGUUUUAGUAAUCUCAGGUGCCUCGCAUGUAGCGUUUUAGUCUGUCAUACCGUUAACUCUCCGUGGCAAUUGUGGGAAUCACAGACAGUUUGAACUGUAAUUAAUAUUUGUUUGUCGUUUUGUGACGUGUAUUACGAGGAAAAUGCUACCAGCGUUGUGGUUGUGGCUGCGGAGUCAUCGGAUUACAGCAGGCUGCUGUCUACUGUCAUCUGUGGUAAUGGCUGCCGCGGGCGGUAGCAGCUGUUUGUGUUGGAAGUGCGUGCGUUCUAAACAGCAUUUUGUUGGUGUUUUAUGUGUCUGAGAAUCGUCAUAUAGGAAGUGAAUGAAUAUCCUUGGACAACAUCAAUGACCGAAGAUCACACAUUACCCAAAGGACAGUUACUAACCGAAGAGAAAAGUCGAGCAAAUUCUGUUGUGUCGCUGUCAUCGUCUGGUGUGUCAGACGAAGUCAGCAUAUUGCCAGAAGUGACUUUCGCGCCGGGUUCAAACAAUAGUGGCACAAUUGAUUCCCCACGGGUUAAUAGAGAAAACCAGCCGCUCUUAGGGCGGAUGGAAUUGGAUGUCACAUUCAAUAACUUUCCGGAUGAUCCCCAGUUUUCUGAACUUGUGCGACAGGCAGAAUAUGCUAUAGACAAUGGAAUAUACCCCGAAAGAAUUUACCAAGGAUCAAGUGGAAGUUACUUUGUUAAAAAUCCUGCAGGUAAAAUUAUUGGAGUUUUCAAACCAAAGGAUGAGGAACCUUAUGGAAGACUGAAUCCCAAGUGGACUAAAUGGAUGCAUAAACUGUGUUGUCCGUGUUGCUUUGGACGGUCAUGCCUUAUACCAAACCAAGGAUACCUUUCUGAAGCAGGUGCCAGUUUGGUGGACCAGAAACUGCAACUGAAAGUAGUACCUAAGACUAAGGUUGUGAAAUUGGUAAGUGAAACAUUCAAUUAUCCACGGAUUGAUCGAGAAAAGGCCCGCAUGAAGAGAGCGAUUAUGGCACAGUUUCCAAAUGUGGGACGACAUUUCAACAGAAUAGGCCUUAGGCCGAAGGUUGGGUCUUUCCAGUUAUUUGUGGAUGGUUACAAGGAUGCUGAUUAUUGGCUCAGGAGGUUUGAAUUGGACCCUUUACCUGCAAAAGUUCAACGAGAUUUUCAGCUGAAGUUUGAACGGCUUGUUGUAUUAGAUUAUAUAAUUAGAAAUACAGAUCGAGGAAAUGAUAAUUGGCUCAUAAAAUACGAUCAACCAAAUAUUCAGUCACAUAUUAAUUCAAAUGGUGGAGAAUUGCUGGAUGCAACAGAAUGGAAUGUUGUUCAGCUACCAGAGAUAGAUAUAGCAGCUAUAGAUAAUGGUCUUGCAUUCCCGUUUAAACAUCCUGACUCGUGGAGAGCAUAUCCAUAUCAUUGGGCAUGGCUGCCUUAUGCUAAAGUUCCAUUCAGCAAAGAAAUUAGAGAACUUGUUCUGCCUCAGCUGUCUGAUAUGAACUUUGUUCAGGAUCUUUGUGAUGAUCUCUACCUACUGUUCAAGCAAGACAAGGGGUUUGAUCGUCACUUAUUUGAGAGGCAGAUGAGUGUCAUGAGAGGACAGAUCCUCAAUUUGACCCAAGCAUUGAAGGACGGUAAAAGCCCUGUGCAGCUUGUUCAGAUGCCAGCUGUAAUUGUUGAAAGGUCAAAGGGACAUGUAGGAACAACAUCACGUUUCCGUUCCUUCAGUGAUACCUUCACACAGCGCUUCCAGAAUAAAAGCCCAUUUUUCUCAUGGUGUUGAUACAGACAUGAUGAAAUAUUUCCAAGGAACAAUGUGAGACUGUUUAUUCGUUUACUAAGUCAUGUGAGAGGAUUGUAUAAUCACAUAUUUACGUAUAAUUUUGUACAGUGCUCCUUUAUUUUAAGGAGGCAUGAAAAUAUAAUAAUAGCCUUUCCCAGUGCCCAUUCCUGUAUUUUUAAACCUCAUGCAGACUAUUUUUAAAGAUCUGAUGUUCAUUUUGUAUGAUGUUUUCUCCAUAUAAUUUCACUAUAGUCAAUCAGAAAGUAGCAUGUGGUGCGUAAGAAAUGUUGCGAAUGUUUUCACAUUUUUUUCAUAUUAAAUCAAAAGGGAAAGUAAUAUUUUUUUCUUUCUUUUUCGUAGCAUACAGCUUUAAAUAUAAAGAUUUCUGAAACAUGACAGAUAUGAACAAUUGUUAAUAAACUUAAAGCGAUCAUGCUCUUUCCUUUUUCUCAAAGAAAAACUGAUUUUAGAUUUGCAUCAUUGUUACAUUGCACUUAUUAAAAUUUGUACAUUGAUUAUAAAAUUAAAGGUCUCGCUAUAUUUAAA